CUGCAAGAACACCCCUGACAUUCCGCGCACUCGCGAAGGUUCGUCCGUCUAGCCUGACCAGUUUCUUGAUCGGAGUAAGCCGACUGUACAUUCCAAGCUCCACUCGCCUUGUUGCCGCUUCUUCCUUUCUUUCGUCGUCGUUGAGAGUCCCCGGAAACACAUACUACCAAAAUGGAGGCCAUCAAGAAAAAGAUGCAAGCUUUGAAGCUGGAGAAAGAGAAUGCCUUGGAUGGGAAGGAUACCGCUGAGAAUGAGAUGAGAGCGGCUAAGGAGAGGGAAGAGGCGGCCCAAGAUGAGAUCAAGGAACUUCAGUCUAAGAUGAAGACCAUCGAGAGUGAACUCGACCAGGUUCAGGACAAGCUGACGACCAACGAACACAAGCUCGAGGAGGCCGAGAAAGCACAGGCAGCAGCUGAGGCAGAGAAGGAAGACUUGAUCCGCAAGACACAGCUUAUGGACGAUGAUAUCUCAAGACUCACAACACAGAAAGAUGAACUCUCAUCAAAACUCACUGAAGUAGAAGAGCAAGCUGAACUACACAUAAGGGCAACCAAGGCUCUUGAGACUAGGAGCAUGUCUGAUGAUGAGAAGAUCAACACACUUGAGAAGGAUCUGAUAAAGUGGAAGAACGCAGGUGAUCAGUUUGAAUUUCAGUACAAGGAGGUUCAAAGAAAAUUCACUGUUACAGAGCAAGAGUUGGAGCGUUCAGACGAUCGCUGCAAGGAUUUAGAAAGCAAGCUCAAUGAACUUACAGAACAGGUUAGCGCUUUGCAGGCAGCUUGCAAGUCUGCUGAGGCCAGAUACGAGAAGGCUUCUGAGCAAGAGGAGACGCUGGCUGUAAGAGUACAGGAGCUCAAACUAGAGAAGGAAGAUCUGUCGAACCGUGACGAGUUUGCCAACCGGUCUAUUAAGACCCUUCAGUCACAACUGGAUUGUGCAGAAGAUGACUUGAAUUUUACAAAGGAAAAACUCUACCGCAUGCAAACUGAGUACGAUCAAGCUCUCUGCGACAUGGGCAACUUCUGAGGAGCUCAGCAAGUCUCCACAAGCAACCUUCAAACGCCCCCUCCCGGCAACCUUUAUCUUAGCAUCUUGGCAACUCCGGAUCUCAAGAUUGCCUUGUCCAUUUAUCCUUUUAAUCAUCAUCAUUUCAGUUUGGUGACCACAUAAUAAUUGUUAUAAACAGUGUAGUCACAGUGGUAGUUGUAUUUCAUGACAGGUGAACAAAAAGCCUGGAAGUAGGUCAACUAAUGGCUUUGAACAUUUGGAAGAUGUUGGAUUGUCAGCUUCACUUAACUGAUUGAAUGUGCCUUUCUUUGAAAACCAGGUGUAGACAUAUGUUUUGUCACUUUCCUACUUCGGAAUAAUGUCAGAAAAAAUCAUUUUUUAAUUCAUAUCUUUAAAAAAUAUUGUUUCGUAAAUUAUUGCAAGAGUAUCCAGAACAUUUGCAAAUGAUUUACAUCCAUUUCAUUCAAAUAUUUCACAUGAAAACACACGUAUCGUUUACAAUAUUUGUGCUGCAUCCCAACAUGAUAUGCCUCUUAAAGUGGUGAUUACAGCCAUCUUAAAGUGGUGAUUACAGCCAUCUUAAAGUGGUGAUUACAGCCAUCUUAAAGUGGUGAUUACAGCCAUCUUAAAGUGGUGAUUACAGCCAUCUUACAUAAUACCACAUCUCCCAAUGUUUGAAGUCAAUGUCCUAACAGUCGAGGCUAUUCCAGUUAUAGUCCCUGUCCACAGACUAUCGUCUACGAAUGAAGACUGCCCUCUGUUGACAGUGACUGCCCAACUGAAUGGUUAAUUGCAUAAAAUGUAAAGCGUCUUGAAAGUGGUGGUGGUGGUUUUUUAUUAUUUUAUUAUUAUUAUUAUUAUUAUUACAGUGCACUUUGCAUGUAUCUGUGGAUGAAAUAGUACAGUAAUGGGGAAAUCUGUUUUGUAAAGUAUGUAUCCGCGUUUCUUAGAAGUUAAUCAAUGUAGUAUUUAGAUUUCCUCAGAAAUAUUCAACAAAUUUAAAAAAAAAUAUUAAUUUUGUACGUUAAAAUAUUGAAUUCAUUCCAAGUUGCAUAGGUUAGGCUUUUUUGGAUAGUUUUUAUCUUUUGCGAUUAGUUGUUUGUUUGUUUGUCUAUGCAACUUAUGACAUUCUCUUGCUUUUUGUUUUCUCUUCACUUCUUUUCAUUCCUGAUGUUAAUCGCCAACCUUGUGUUCCUUACCCACCAUACCCCCAACCCCCUAUUUGUCUUCACCGAUUUUGGGGUGCGUUUCCUGUCCGUCUUUGUUUCUCGUUAUCAUUUCCUUUUGUUUUCUCCUCUGGUUAUGAUGUUGUUCCUGUUGUAAUCUUUCAUCUUUCCCUUUGUAUGAUGUCUCACCAUCCCAUUGUGACCCGUUACCAUGGCAACCAUUGUUUGUCACUCCCCCAUUGUGUCCACACCACAGAUGAGCUGGUCCAGGAGAAGGAACGCUUGAAGGGCAUGACGGACGAGGUUGAGCGAGUCAUGCAGGAAUUGGUGGAGUUUUAAUCAACAUCUGCCCCGCCCACCCUUUCUCCUCAUCCCAAGGUCUGCCUUCACCAUGUGUGGAAUGCACCAUCGUGACCUUUCAGAUAACAAUAUCAAAGGUCAAUGGCUUGUUGUCUCCCCCCUGCUGGCAUUAAUAGAUGAUUUCUAGUUAACCUUGCAAAUAUUGCAUGAUUGAAACAUGAUAUAAACAAAAAAGUGUCUACGUUUUUUCCUGCAUGUAUCAUGCAAGAUCAAUACAAAUGGAUGGCUGGAGCACAUUUUACAAAACGGGGAAGGCAGUCCUAAACCAUGAAUAAUAUUAUUUUAUUUCUUGAAUUGGAAAAAAUAUGUAUAAUUUCUUUUUUUCUUUUUCUUGCAAAGUGUGUUUUUUCCUGGCAGUAUCAUAUGUGUAAGACAAGUAGGUAGUGUUUUAAUUUAGUCGGAAAGAGAUUCCUCAAAAUGUACAUCGUACCUAGGAGAUCCCAGCAGAGAAAUUCAUAAAUUGGUUGCAAACGAAGGUUGAUAAUUUCAGAAAUGGUUGAGGAAAAGUAUCUUUGGGGAAAAAAGAAAAGAUGGUUGUUUAGUUUCACACAUUGCAGUUGUCGGGCAGGACUUUAUCCCAUUGGAUGUAUUUAAAAACAAAAGCUACUAAAAUAAAUGUAUACUAUCAAUAAUACUGAUCAUGUAAUAUGAAAUUUGAGGUUUGUAUGAAUGUAAAAUGUAGACUUUUUAAAUUGCCUUCUAUACUUACAAGACAUCAGAAACCAUGUUAGCUUCUUGCUUGUGGUUUCUGCUGUCUUCUAAGUGUUUUUUAGAAACCAUUUUAGCUGUUUCCUCGUGUAAUGGGUUAAUCAGAUUUCUUUUCUACAUCUGAAUUGGUUAUUACUUAUAUAAUUGUAAUAAUUAUUAACACCAGUUAUGCAAGACAGUAACGCGUGAAUAUUUCUUGUAGAUUUUCAGUUUUGAGUUAGUGUGGAUUAUAAUAUUUUGUUUUUAGGAGGGGGAGGAUUUUGAGGAAGGAAAAAGCAGUCAAAACUUACUGAUAUAAUCUGCUACAGUGAGCCUUAGACAAAUCACCGUGAUCAUUGCUCAAAAAAGGCUCUUAUAAAUACUUUUUUCGGCAAAUUAGUUUUUCUUUAUAUUGCUAAAACUAUCCUUAUAAUCACUGACCUUGUACAUUUUUUGGGAGUUGCCUGUUUUAGGUUUAUUUUUACAAAUGGCGUAGGGUCAUCGAAUUGUGCUUUUACAGUAGAUUUGACUGAAACCCAUUUCCAUCAUUCUUCGGUUCCUACUUUGUAAUUUACUUCAUUGUUUUUUGUAAUGUAGGACGAUCUUGAAGAGUGUUAGUGUAUAUUGCUUCUGGUUAUCGAUAUAUUGUAGACCGCUUAUCAAUACUUGCAACCUAUCGAUUUAUCGGCAUCGGUUAAGCACAACAUUGAUAAGUCUACCAGAGCCAAUUGUAUCAUGCGGUAUUCUGAAGGCUCCCUGUAGCACUAUGUAAGAGCAACUGUGAUUGGUUCAAAUUGGGCACCUGCAAAUUUAACAGGUGUUUUUUCUUGCAUACAAUUGUGAGAUCUUUGACGGCUGUUUCAUGUAUUUAUAAAAUGGCUGCUGCAGUUUAAAUGUGUGUUGUGCUUUUAGGGCCUGUGAUGGGGGCUGGUGGUUAUUGUUUUAAACUAAAUGCUUUUAUUGCUCAUUUGGCUCUGGUAGACUUUAUGUUACAGGCUUGUUAUUAAAACUAAUUCAUAACAAUUAUAUAAAACAAAUCAACUGGACGUUUAACCAGCUCUAAUAACCAUGCGUCACUUUUACCAAAGUAUUGUAAUAAUUGUAAUCUAACUUUCAUUUAUUUUUAUUGAAAUUUUCAUUAUUUACUGUAUGAUUGUGCAUUAGAAGCAAGAAAAUAAUAACGCUAAGUGGAAAGUGAUGUAGUUUUAUCUCACAGUGUACAGUUAUCGUCAUUAGAAAUUAAGAACAUCGGUAAUCAUAACAUAAUUAGGGAUAUUUUAUCUUGUUCGGCCGUAACUGUCCGACUAAAAGAAUCAACAGGGCUGCCCAGUCAGUCCACGCAAGUUAUUAAACAUAAUUUAAGAAAACUGUAAAAUUUUCUUCAAAAUAUUAAGUGUUGCAUGACAGAAUUCGUUUCAGUUUGACUGCUGGUUUUUUCACCAAGGAAAUUGUAGUGCUAAAUUAGUACGCGGCUAACAGUCCAGAAAGAAGAAAAAAA